CACCAAUCACCACCCCAGGCCCCGAGAGAAGAGUGUGAUCUCCGAAUCCCGAACCCUAAUUUCACGAACUUGGGUUUCCCUUUCCCACGAACUUCACUUCACUCAUUCAUUUAUUCAUUCAUGAUCACGCUAUACAUCAACAUUCCCCUCCCUCCCUCGCGCAUCGAACAACCCUCCAUCCAUCCUUUCACGAAUUCCACUCGAUUAUAGACUCCCUCUCUCUUUCACUUUCACUUUCACUUUCAAUUUCAAUUUCAAUUUAUCUUUCUCUGUUCCUUUGUCCCAAUUCGCUCUCUCUCGAUCAAUGGACGUGGACGGGGGCAGCAAGCGCGUGUACAAUCGCCUCGGUGCGGACGCGAAGCACCAGAAAGUGUGCUUCCACUGGCAAGCGGGCAAGUGCAACCGCUACCCCUGCCCCUUCCUGCACAGCGAGUUGCCCCCUUCCAACGGCGCCUCCUCCAAACGGGCCCACGAAGCUUCGGGCCUGUCUGGGCCGCGCCGCGGCCCGAAUUUCAACAACACGUGGGGUCGCGGCGGGGGACGGGGCGGAGGAGGAGGCGGUAGAGGGGCGGCGGUUGUGAAGGCCGACAAAGUUUGUAAUUAUUGGAUUCAGGGGAAUUGUAGUUAUGGAGAGAGGUGUAAGUUCCUACACUCUUGGAGUGUGGGGGAUGGGUUCUCGAUGCUCACCCAGCUUGAAGGGCAUCAAAAGGCUGUGAGUGCGAUUGCCUUUCCCUCUGGUUCGGAUAAGCUUUAUACUGGAAGCACUGAUGAGACUGUAAGGAUUUGGGACUGCCAGUCUGGAAAGUGUAUAGGGGUGGUCAAUCUUGGUGGUGAUGUAGGUUGUAUGAUCAGUGAAGGCCCCUGGGUUUUUGUUGGGAUACCCAAUUUUGUUAAGGCCUGGAACACACAAAAUUUAAUGGAGCUAAGUCUUAACGGCCCUGUUGGACAAGUUUAUGCACUUGUUGUGAAUAAUGACAUGCUCUUUGCCGGUACACAGGAUGGAUCUAUAUUGGCAUGGAAGUUUAAUGUAGUUACCAACUGCUUUGAGCCGGCUGCAUCACUUAAAGGUCAUUCUCGUGGUGUUGUUUCAUUAGUUGUUGGUGCUAAUAGACUCUACUCUGGUUCAAUGGACAAUACAAUAAGAGUAUGGAACCUUGAAACCUUGCAGUGCUUACAAACACUAACAGAGCACACAUCUGUUGUGAUGUCUGUUCUCUGCUGGGACCAAUUCCUUUUAUCUUGUUCAUUGGACAAAACAGUGAAGGUCUGGUAUGCUACAGAAAGUGGAAACUUGGAAGUGACAUAUACUCACAAUGAAGAGCAUGGUAUACUUACCCUAUGUGGAAUGCAUGAUUCACAAGGCAAGCCUGUUUUGCUGUGCUCUUGCAAUGAUAAUACUGUGCGCCUCUAUGAUCUGCCAUCAUUUGCAGAGAGAGGUAAGAUAAUGACAAAACAAGAGGUACGAGCAAUUCAGAUAGGGCCUAACGGCAUUUUCUUCACCGGUGACGGUACUGGUCAAGUAAGAGUGUGGAAUUGGGUAGCGGAGGCAACCAGUACCAUCCAAUAAAGUGACACUAACAGUGUGUUCCAUUUAAUUGUAAUAGUACUUUUUUCUGGUCAUCCUUUUUGUAAUUUUUUAUCUGCAAGAAGGGAAUUCAGGCUGAGGCUGGGAUUGGGAAGAGGCAGAAAAAGAGAGGCAAAGGGAGGAGUGUGUAAUUUUAUGUUUGCGGAAGUAGUCUUGCUUUAGAGUCUGAGCUGUGGUUUAGUCCUUGGCGCAAAGCUGUGCUCAAGUAUUAAUAUUUGUAACAUUUUGUGAAAUCACAACAUUAUUUAGCGUUUAUUACUUAACACCCUCCAAUGCGUAUAUAUACACGAAAUAAAUGUUUGUUACAUGUCAUUACAAUUAA